UGCUGUAAAAAAACUUUUGCCAUCAGUAAUGAAACUGGUGUGUGAAAAUAAAAAGCCACCUUCGUUACCUCGUCGGCUUUUCUCUCUCUCUCUCUCUCUGGUGCACUUCAACCCAACCACCCCGUUUCAAGCAAUACACUUACAUAUCCAUCCAGUCAGCUGGCCAUGUAGCAGAGGUGGUCAGCUGCCUACUUCAUUAUAUGAGCUGCCUGUCAGCCUGUCAGUUCACCGAGGGUGAGCAAUGCAAGCAGAAGGAUUUCGAGGCCGAGGAAGAGGCCGCGGAAGAAGCAGAGGUGAUGGGAACCGGGGCAGAGGCCAUUUGCAAAGCAACAGGCCGCAGCCACAAGAGACAGAUCUGUCACGCACACCACCCCGUGCAAAGUAUCCAACUCCUGAAACACCUCCGCCUACUCCACCUGACAUGCCGAGAUCCACUGGAAACCGACCACCAGAUGGAAGCACUGCUACAUCUGCUCUGGAACUAGCUGGCUUGCGUGUAGUGCUGCCUGGUGUCAACUCGAAAUUCCCCCGUCGUCCUGAUUAUGGGACGGUUGGACGUCGCAUUGAUGUAGUUGCAAAUCAUUUUGAAGUAGUGCUGCCUACAGGCAACAUGUACCACUAUGAUGUAGACAUAGGCAUUCGCAAACAAGGGGGGAGUGUGCAGUCUGUGAUAUCAAAGGAUUGCAAGCGUCGUGUUUUUGGGCUUCUGGUGAAGCAACAUGCCAAGCAUUUAAAAGGCAACUUGCCUGCAUUUGAUGGCCAGAAGAACAUGUAUACCAGAAGUGCCCUGGGCUUUGAAAGGCAAUCAUUCACUGUCAUUAUGCAGGAAGAAGGUAGCUUAAAACCAGAUGAGUUUGUGGUUAAGAUACAGUUUGCAGCACAGCUAGAUAUGAGUCUUAUGCAACAGCUUUACAAUGGUCGGUCAAAGACACCUGAAGUUCCAAAAUCUGUAGUGCAGGCUUUGGAAAUUAUCCUCCGGUAUGGUCCAUCUACACAUCUUGCAGUUGUGGGGAGGUCUCUCUUCAGGCAACCUCGAAGCGAUGCUUCUCUUGGUGGUGGCCUUGAGCUCUGGCAUGGCUUUCAGACUAGCGUGCGACCUGGACAAUGGAAACCCUUUGUGAAUGUCAACACAAUGGUUACUGCUUUUUUUGAGUCCGGGCCCCUAGUGGAUCUUAUGGGCAAGAUAUUAGGUGACUGGAGAGGUAACUUGGACAUGAAUAAAAUUGUCAAACUGCAGGAUGUCCAGAUAGUCAAGCUGAACAAAAAGCUGAAAAAACUGAAAGUGCAUGCAACCCACUUGCCUUAUCGCCGCAAGUAUGUGAUUGAAAAGUUUACUGCCGCUCCAGCAAGUCGGCUCACUUUUGGGGAUCCUCCCAUGACCGUUGCUCAGUACUUUGCUCAGAAGUACCAGUCACUGCGUUAUCCAAACCUUCCAUGUAUUGAAGUUGGUUCCAAGAAAAACUACAUUCCCGUGGAGCUUUGCCAUGUGAUUCCCGGCCAACAUUGCAAACGCAAGCUGGAUGAGAACCAAACCAGCAUGGUUGUUAGAAAGGCAGCUGUGCCUCCAUCUGAGAGGUUUCGAAACAUUGAAGAGGAUGUCAAAGGCUGCAUUGCUGCAAACAAGCCUUACUUGGAGCACUUUGGCAUCCGCAUGAGUGAGAAGCCGGUGGCGCUUUCAGCCAGAGUGCUGCCCGCACCUGAUGUAGUCUACAAAGGUCAACAGCUGGCUCAUCCUACCAAUGGCGCAUGGGAGCUCCAGGACAAGCAGUUCAUCGAAGCUGCCAGUAUGACUGACUGGACUAUAGUGGCCACUUGCAACCCUCGCUUCUGUCCUCAACAUGCAAUUGACGAUUUUGUGUCCAUGAUGAGGCAGUAUGGCAGCCAGCUAGGUAUGACUGUGAAACAACCUGCAAAAAUCACUUACUCCAACCCCAAUGUCGAUCCUAAAUGGGUGCUCUCUGAGCAGAAAAGACAAUUUCCAGACCUUCAGAUAGUUUUUGUUAUCCUUGCUGGCAGUGGCAGAAGUUCACCCUUCUACAGUCCACUGAAAAAUGUUGCUGAAACUGACCUUGGCAUUGUGACACAGUGUGUAACAGACCAAAGUAUCACAAAAAGAUGCAACCGUGCAACAGUUGUCAACAUCCUGCAGAAGGUCAAUGCAAAGUUGGGUGGUAUCAACAACACAAUUCCAAACGAAGUAAAGACCAUUGUUUUCCGCCGCCCGGUCAUUAUAAUGGGCGCUGAUGUUACUCACCCAGCACCAACAGAAAUGAACAAGCCUUCCAUUGCAGCUGUUGUUGCAAGUGUGGACCCUCAUGCAUUCCGCUACAUUGCCACUUUUCGCAUCCAAAAGCAGAACACAGUAGCAAAAGCACGCAUUGAAAUCAUUGAAGACAUGAAAAACAUUGCAAAGGACCUCCUUUUAAGCUUUUACCUAAUCAACGGCAAAGUCAAGCCCGAGAAGAUCAUCUUCUAUCGAGAUGGAGUCAGCGAGGGGCAGUUUAGCCAUGUCCAGCAGUUUGAACUUGCUGCCUUGCGAGCAGCAUGCACAGAGCUGGAGUCCGGCUAUGAGCCCGGUAUCACCUUUCUCACUGUGCAGAAAAGACAUCAGACUCGCUUCAUGCCAAAGAACAGGAGUGAAGGCAGUGGAAAGCAUGGCAAUGUGCCUCCAGGCACUGUCGUUGACACGAUAGUCACGCACCCUGUUGACUUCGACUUUUUUCUUUGCUCACACUUUGGUAUCCAAGGCACCAGCCGCCCUGCUCACUACUAUGUGCUCUGGGAUGACAACGAUUUCAAAGCAGACACGCUUCAGAAGCUCACCUAUGGUCUCUGUCACACGUAUGCCCGCUGCUCUCGCUCGGUGUCCAUUCCCACACCAGUCUACUAUGCCCACCAUGCUACAAAGCGGGCCAAGUGCUAUGUAGACGCUCGCACUGACUCCUCCGAUUCUGGGAGCAGCUCCAGUGGUUCCAUGCUGCCAACUUACGUUCUCGAUGAUGCUGUUAAGAUAGCAAAGCUUAUGGAGAAGAAAAUGUUUUUUAUCUGAGGCUAGGCAUUUCAUACUGUGGCCCAGUUCUCUCAUAAGGGAAUGCUGUGGAUUAGCUGCUGCCAUUGAGAUCUAUAAGCGAGUAUUUAUUGCAAUAUUCCUGUGCAUUUAUUUGUAUUGACAUCUAAGGUUUGAAGAUGCCAAGGCAGUUCUGUACUAGCUGGUUACUUUUGCUGGGGAGCUCUUCUCGUGUUCAAUGCUCCAUAAGUACGAAAAUGUAAAGUUUCCACACUUCAAAAAUUCUGCAAUGUUUUCAUUGUGCUACUGCUGCUUCACACAGUCCAUCAUCGCGAUUCUGUUUAUCUGAACACCUGUUUUUCCAGGUGGCGAUGUUGCUAUUUGCGUUCAUCAUGCACAAUUUAACUAUUUUUAACCACAGAUAAAAUGUUUAAUUGCACCGGAAACUAUAGCAUAGGCUGCUUUGAUUUAGUUUGAAUUUGUUUUGACAGCAUAGAUUUGCUUAGUGGUAUGGUGAUCAAUAUUUACUGUCAUGUUUUGUUGACUCCACCUCAAUUUAAUUGGAGUUCUAGUUUUCCGUUAUCGUAUUUUUAUUGCUGCAUCCACUAAGCUUCUUCUUGUGUCUGGAUAUGAAUGCAAUGUACCUGCACAGAGUGCAAUAAAAUUUUAUUAUGGGAGCA